AAAAAAAACAUUAAAAAAAAAAAGGAGGACGCCUUUUUGUAUGUUGUGGUUAAUAUGUAACAGUCAGAGCACACUUGCACUUUGUUUCCCCAAAUAAUAGAUGAGGCUUUCAGACACGGUCUUGCCUAAGCUGAAAGGUUGCGCACCCAAACCUUUCCAGAUUGGAAUUAUGGUGGGACACAAAAUGAAGAUGACAUUUUUUGUCAUCUUAACAUAUUUGUGCCUCCUCGCUCCGGGCCAAGCACAACCCUCGGGAGACACUAUCUCAGAUCUCUCCUUCAAAAACAUGGACUUUGCCAUGAACCUUUACAGAAAAAUAUCCGGUUACCACGACAAGAACAUCUUUUUCUCACCCCUGAGCAUCUCUACCAGUUUUGCCGCUCUCCUAAUGGCUUCUGAUGGUGUCACGCAUGAGGAAAUCCUGAAGGGACUCAACCUGGAGCAGCUGGAAAGGGCUGACCAGCCUGAACUUAUCCCCAAGCUCUUUCAGCUUCUUCACGAGAACAUCACGCAGAAUGGUUCACUGAAACUGGACCAAGGCAUGGCCCUCUUUAUACGCCAGCAGUUUGUUGUGAAGAAGACGUUUGAAGACAAAAUGAAAGAGUUUUUUGAGGCAGACAUCAAAUCCAUAAACUUUGCGGACACGCAAGAGAGUAUCCGUUUCAUUAAUGAGUACAUCAAGCAAAAGACUGAAGGCAAAGUUACGGAGAUGAUUUCUUCCCUGGAUGAACAGAUUCAGCUCUUGUUAAUCAACACUAUUUUCUUCCAGGGAGGCUGGCAGCUGCCCUUCAACUCCAAUCUGACUCAUACUGCCCCCUUCUACAUUAACAACUACAAUAUUGCGCAAGUGCCAAUGAUGUUUAUAGAGGACAAGUUCUAUACGAUGGAAGACAUGCGUCUACGUGCCAGAGUGCUGAGGCUGCCAUACCAGGAAGGUAUUUCUAUGCUUAUCGUGCUACCCGACAAAGGCAGGGACUACACUGUGGUUGAUGAUGGGAUCACUGCAGAGCAGUUCCGGUUCUGGAUCAAAAAGCUGACAAAAACCAAGCUGGAAGUCAACGUGCCCAAAUUCAAGUUGGAGCAGUCGUAUUCCCUGCAAAACAUUCUUCCAGAAAUGGGCAUGGCCAGUAUCUUCAGCACUUCAGCCAACCUGACCAAGCUCAGUGAGGACGAAUCUCUCAUGGUGUCAGAGGUGCUGCACAAGGCUGUGAUAGAGGUGGAUGAGACAGGGACAACUGCAGCAGCUGCCACAACGGUCAGCAUUAUACCGUAUUCCCUGCCGAGGACCUUCGUUGUCAACAGGCCAUUCUUCUUCUUCAUAUACCAUGAAGACACAAACUGUCUGCUGUUCAUGGGCAGGGUGAUUGACCCCACCAAAAACUAGCUGUCGCCACUCUGUUGUUUGAGCUGCGAAGCGGCUUGCGCUUGAUAUUGUUUACUCAGGCUUCUACGGGGCUAAUUUGCUGUAUUUUAAAAAAAAAUAAAUAAAUCUCAGAUUGCUUUGAAAAGCUUGUUUUGGUCUUUUAUAGAAAAGCCAUCCUGUAAAUGAUCAACAUUAAUAAAAACUUAACUUGAAACUUUCUUUAGGAUUCAGUCCUUAAUCUGUGAGAAUAAAGAGAACAUAUAAAUGAGGAAACCAUGACGAUGUGUUUUUUUUGUUGUUGUUUUUUGUUUUUGUUUUUUGCCUAGAAAUAAAAAAUCCUGUAGUAAUGACAUCUCCCAACUUGAAACGUACCAUUUUCCAAUAAGGGACUAUUUACAGGGUUGUAAUAAUGGUUACAGGAUUGGCCUUUAACUGUUCAAUAAAAUCUAACUUCAUAAUGUG